GGUAUAAAAGCCACCAGGUGUCCCCGUUCUAAUUCAGUCAGGAUCGAUUCUUCAGUUCUACAGGACUAACCGCAGCAGUGAAAUAUUCGAGAUGCGUGCAUUCGUGCUUUUGUCCGCAUGCCUUGCGGUAGCUUCCGCCCAGUUCUUCCAAGGCGGUAACUCAUUCUCCGGAGCCAGUGCCGGAUCCCGGGCAGUCACCGUUGACUAUUCACCAGUGGCAUACGAUCAGACCGUGCUUGGUGGCUCCUCAGGUGGAUUCAGUUCGUCUGGUGCUUCGUCUGGAUCCUUCGGUGGUAGCGGUGCAGGAUUCGGUGGCGGCAGCAGUGGUGGAUCGUUCAGCGGUGCUGGAGCCAGAUCUUCCGCUUUCGGUGGUGCUAGUGCCUUCGGUGGCGCCGGAGCUUCUGGUUUCGGUGGUGCCGGAGCUUUCGGUGGUGCCUCUGCUCGUGCCUCUGCAGGAGCUCAAGUCCGUUAUGUCGUCAAGCCUGAGAUUGUCAAGAAACACUUCUACUACCACGUCGCCCCUGAAGCCGAAGCUAACGCUGAAGCUGAAGCCCGUGUCGAAAUCCAACCCCAGACCCACUACAAGGUUCUGUUCAUCAAGGCCCCGAGUGCAUCCGCUAGUGCCGCUGCCCGUGCCGCCGCUCGUACCCGUACCCAGGAGAAGACUAUUGUCUACGUUUUGGUCAACAAGCCAGAAGCCGGAGCCCAGUCUGCCGCCGAUGCCGCCGUCGAUACCUACAACAGUGCCAAGCCGGAAGUCUACUUCAUCAAAUAUCAGGGCAAGAACGCUGGCGCUAGAGCUGCAGCCACUGCUGGUGCUUCUGCAUUCAGUGGUGCUUCUGCAUUCGGUGGUGGUGCCUCCGGAUUCGGUGGUGGUGCCUCUGGAUUCGGUGGUGGUGCCUCCGGAUUCGGUGGUGGUGUUUCUAGAUUCGGUGGUGGUGCCUCUGGAUUCGGUGGUGGUGCCUCUGGAGCGUCUGGAUUCGGUAGUGGUUCCUCUGGAGCCUUCGGCAAUUCCGGAGUUACCACCUACAACAGCGGAUCUUCCGGAUUCAGCGGAGCCAGCGAUAGCGGAUUUGGUGGUGCUAGCGGAUUCGGUGGCGCCAGCGGUUUCAGCGGUGCUGAUUCUUCUAGCUUUGGCAGUGGAUUCGGCAACUCCGGCUCUUCGGCCGGAUCGAACUCGUUCAGCCGUAGCUACAACACAUCGCCGAACUACUAA